AUGGAUUUCAAAAACUUCGGAAAGAACAUUACCUCCUUCGGGGCCUCCAUUACCCCCUUCGCCUCCCGUACCUUUCAGUACACCAAGGAACAGCUUGGCCAAGCUGAGGACAAGACCCAACUCCCUCCUGACUACAUCGACCUCGAGAAGCGAGUCGACGCUCUCAAGCAGGUCCAUCAGAAGAUGCUGGCUGUGACCUCUCAAUACUCGAACGAGGCCUAUGACUACCCUCCCAACAUCAAGGAGACCUUCCAGGAUCUCGGCCGCACCGUUAGUGAGAAGGUCACUCUCCUCUCUUCCGCCGCCUCUCCUGCCGAGGCUCAAGCCGCCCUCACGGCCCCUCCUACUGCGAAGCCUCAGCCAAAGACAUUCAACCAUGCCAUUGCCAGAGCCAGUCUGUCAAGCAGCCAGGUCCUGCACCAACAGCACACCGGCGCAGGGGAGGACCCCUUGGCUACGGCACUCGAGAAGUAUGCCUUGGCUAUGGAGCGCGUUGGCGAGGCCCGCAUGGCCCAGGACGCCCAAAUCCAGAGUCGCUUUCUUGCUGGCUGGAACACGACCCUGAACACCAACCUCAAGUUCGCGACUCGUGCCCGCCAGAACGUCGAGAAGUCACGCUUGACGCUCGAUGCUGCAAAGGCCCGCGCCCACGGUACUACCUGGAAGAUCGGUCCCGGCUCCCCUCGUCCGGAGGAGCCCCAGCCUCAGGAGUUGAGCCCCGAGGCUCAGGAGGAAAUCGAGAAGGCCGAGGACGAGUUCGUCACGCAGACCGAGGAGGCUGUUGGUGUUAUGAAGAACGUUCUCGAUACCCCCGAGCCUCUCCGCAACCUUGCCGACUUGAUUGCUGCCCAGAUCGAGUACCACAAGCGGGCCUACGAGAUCCUGAGUGAACUCGCUCCCGUCGUGGAUGGCCUGCAGGUUGAGCAGGAGGUUAGUCGCGCCUCGAACUACGACGUUUAA